GACCUCCGGUGCCCCCUGCAAGAGAACGGGAGAGAGAGAGAGAGAGAGAGAGAGAGAGGAAAGAGAGCGAGCGAGCGAAUCGGUCCUUGGCGUUUCUCAAGAGUUAUGGCUUCUGCAGUUGGGGCUGCUGGAAUGAAGAGAAAAAGAGCGGAAUCAUCUUCAACCUCAUCGCCGUCGUCUGAAAUCAAUUAUGAAGUAUUCUUAAAUUUUAGAGGUCCUGAUACUCGCAAAGGAUUCACAGAUCACCUUCAUGACAGACUGCGAGGUGCAGGGAUCCGGGUCUUUAGAGAUGAGGAAGAUCUCCCUGCCGGACAAGAGAUCAAGCCGGAGCUAAGAAAAGCGAUCAAACGGUCAAGGAUCUCCAUAGCCAUCCUCUCCAAAAAUUAUUCUCAGAGUGAACAUUGCCUCAUGGAGCUGGUACAAAUGUGGGAGUGCAGUAAAUCCAGGAAACAUACUAUUAUCCCGAUUUUCUAUGAUGUUAGUCCCUCCGAUGUAAAAGACCAGGACGGAGUUUUUAUAAGGUCCAUCGAUCAACUUGCGACAAAGGGAGCCAAAGCAUUCACCAUCACAUAUUGGAAGAAGGUUCUUGGAAAGAUCGGGGACUUAAGAGGUUAUGAGCGGACGAACGUAAAGGGGUAAUUAUUUUACUUCUUGUUUCUACUAUCUUUCCUAGAUAAGUGGUAAAAGAAAAGAAAGGUAUAUAAUGAUGUCAAAAUGAAUUCGAACCUUUUCCAACAAAUGUUAUAUGUAAGCAUGUAGAUAAUGAUGCAUGCUAGAGAGAUAUUUAAGGUUAUUCUUCAGAAAUGGAUCGAUAAUUUGUCAGGUUGAAGUUCUAUAUGCCUGUUGAAUGACUAGUCACUCGAUUAAAGUGGCCAUUUGAAAAUGGAUUGAUAACUGUGAGUUAGACUAGCCGACCUGGUCCACCACGCUCUGUUCAUUCCCCAUGGCUAGAACUUUUGUUUUGCAGAUCGCAUGAUAUCAAUGUCGAAAUUGGUAUGUGCAUGAAAGGGAAUUGGACCAUCCAUUAAAACUUGCUUUCCAUUUUAAAUGAAGAUUCGCCUGCCCCUGUUGGUUGAUCUAAUUUUUGUCGGUUCAUUCCCACCGACUAUCUC